AAGUUGAGCAUUUGUUUUGCGUAGGCAGUUGCGGUAUUCAUCACCCAAAUCAAUGAAUCACAGAUUGACCAAAAUAUCACGAAAUAUCAUGUCGAAUUAUCUUAUCUCGUUUCCUGACGAGCCCUGUACUCCAAAAAUCCACCUGUACCACCACCUCCAUCAAAAUCCGGCUGAAAAUAACCAAACGUAACAGUGUUCAAGCCAUCUCUGAAAAGUUCACACCUCAGAACCAUGCAUCGAAAGCGCUACUUUCCGGCGGAUUUGGAACCGUAUCCUUUGCACUAUGCUGCCCUGCGAGGUUACACGGACAAAGUACGGGAGCUGUUGGCUGACGCCGGGAUCAACCCGUACGAACCGAUUCAGGACGGAGAGACUGCACUGCACGUUGCGCUGGCCGAAAAUCAACCCGAGGUAGCGGAUGUCUUGAUCGAGAAGUUCCGGGCGGAUUUCGAAACGGUUGGAGAUUACUUAGUGAAGAAGCUCGGGUGUGAUCCGGCCGAUCGAUUUUGGUUACGUGGGAGUAUUUUGGUGGCCACGACGAAGGAACAGUGUGAAAAGGUGAAACAGCUGGAGGAUCCUGAUGGAAGUGCUAAAGAUGGGGUUUUCGUUUUGCUGAGAUAUCCAGUUGGAGGAGAGCACGCAGCCAGUUUGAAGUCCAAUAAGAAUAAUCGUAUGGAGUUGAUCAAACUAGGGAAAACUCUGUUCCCAAAUGGAUUGUUGUCGUGGAAUGAUUCGGGUCCAGCGGGAAGUUGUGAUUCUCUGUUGAUUUUGGCGGCAUAUCAUGGACACGUGAAGCAGCUGGAGACCUUGGAAGGCUACGGAGCAGACCUUUCUAUACGGGGGACGAAGAAGCAGAUUCCAUUUCAUGCGGCUUGCGAUGCUUCCCAGCAUGAAGUUAUUGAAGUUCUGCUUACGAAAUACCUCAAGAAGUUCGAUCCACUGACUUUGGAUUGCGACAGCUUUAACGGAUUGUACUAUAUUUUGUACCGGAAGAAUAAGAAGAGCUUUGAACUGGCACUGAACACCAUGAUUGAGUAUGAAGUGAGUCGUUCAGGUGAAUCAGAAUCAAAAGCGUUUAAUAAGAUAUUGAACGUGGAGAAUGACAACUGGCCUUAUUUCUCCGUGUGGAGCCAGCUGGAUUGCGAGUUUUGGAACCCGAUUCUGGAACAAGUCUGCGAAAAGUAUGAAUAUGAUCUUACGUAUCAGUGGAAGGAUUGCACGGCAUUACUGGAUAUGAUACAGUACAAGAAAGUGGCGCGAUACUAUCAGGCACAGAUUCGUCGUAAUCCUGAGCUAGUGAAGGUUUCGAGUAACGGUUUUACUGCCUUGCAUCAGCUAAUCAGUUCAAACGAAGUGGAUUUGGUAAAAGACCUUUACAGUCGUAUGAAGCAGCAAAUGAAAGUUAUAUUUGAAUGUGAUGCAGCAUUUGAUUCGUUCAACACGAUGAUGCAUUGGAGUUACAACGAAAUGAUGAGCUUUGUUUUGGAAAACCAUGCAAAUUUUCUGCUAGAUAGUUUGUCACAAUUUCACGAGAAAGUGAUUCAGGGUUUUUCAUGUCCAAAUUUUAACGAAGUGUUUGAAAUAUUGAUCAAGUAUAUCCCUGAUAUUGAACCACUCAUCAAAGACAGACGAGACUAUUUGAACACCUUUUCAAUUUCAACUCAAAAUGAUUCCUGUGAAACGUACAACAAGUUGCGUGAUGAUUUCCCAUCAGCACUUGAACAAAUCCAACAGUCCGGCAAGUGUUUGGAUGACUACAACAGCCAAGUUUGCUGCUUUCUGCACCAGGCCAUUAUCGAGGAUCAGCUACAACUCGUAGAAAACCUUUUAAACGCAAACGUAGACUUUGAUUUCCUGAACAACGAUGAACGCCAUGCCAUUCACUUCGUGCAGUCCGUAGAAAUGCUGCAACUGCUCGUGCGAAAACAUCCCGAUGGAAACGGACUUGUCAAUCGCAAAGAUCGCAACGGAGCCACCCUGUUACACGCAAUAUGUCCUACCUCAAUAGCCUGCAAAGAGAAAAUUAUCCUUGAGCUGCUCAAGCUUGGUGCCAAAGUAGACGAAUGCACAAACGAUCAAUCGACGGCUUUGUUCUACGUUUACGAUGAAGAGUUGUUCGAUUUCCUCACGAAUGGCGUCCAAAAACAUGGAUUCACUGGAAUCGACGUAAACCAUCGAGAUUUCGAAGGUAACACGGCAUUACAUCGUUGCUUGCGACAUUUCAACUCUUACAUGGCUCGGAUCAUGCUGCUUAGGGCGGAUAGCUUUGUAAGCUUCAACGAAAAGGGAGAAUCGCUGCUGGCAUGUCUGACUCGAGUGGAUCUGUCCAUAUUCGACCUCUACUUCAAGCCUGUACUGGUGGAACAAGAGGAAAAGACCAGGUUGAUGUUUGAGGCGGAACUUGACAAGUCCAAAGAGCGGGCAUCGCAAAUAUUCGUGGAAGCUUGCGUAUUUUUAAACUUAUUCAUUGUUGAAAGAAUGUUGGCGAUGGAACUGGACUUCAACGCGCAAGGUUACAACGGGAAAACGGGUUUGUUGGCGUUGAUGAUGGCUUACGAGAACUUCCCCGCAAAGCUUGUGCUUCAAUUGCUGGACAAACCAGUAGACGUGAACAUUCGGGACAUCGAUGGGAGAAACGCUUUGCUGAUGCUGGUGUUCAAAUUUCCUACACUGAAACCACAAGGCGCGGCUGUAGAGUUGGCAAGAAAGAUCAUUGAGCUAGGAGUGGACAUCGAUCAGGUUGACAACGAAGGCAAUACGGCGUUGCACUAUGCUUGCAAGAUUGCAGACUUUGACAUGAUCGAAGCUCUUGUGGAGAAGGGGGCAGACUUUCGAAUUAGAAAUAAGCGAGGGCUAUUAUGCUAUCAAAUGGCAUCUUGGGGCGUUGAACAAAUUUUGGCUUCACUGUUUUCAACAUGAAUAGUUUAUUUACAAAACAAUUGAAUAAAUACAAUAUUACAUAAAUUGUUGAUUAAAAU